CAUGGCACGAAGAAAGGAAGUCUCUUUGAUCAUCAUGUCAAGUAUGCUUGUGUUGUUUGUGUUGUUAUUGUUGUUGGGAAAUGUGAUGGCUUCCAAUGACAUGGACAAUGCCAAGGAUAGUUUGAGUAUGGCGAAGGAGCCCUCUGGAUCAUGGGCUAACUGGGUGCAAGGAAAGCUUUCUGAUGAACUUGGGUUGAGACGUGAUAAUGCGCGGAUGGCGUCAGAUGUGAUGAAGGAGAAGGCCGAAGGAUUCGCCGGAAUGGCCAAGGAUAAGAUGACAGAAGCUGCAUCAGAUGCUGCUCAGAAGGCUGGAGAGAUGAAAGAUGCUGCAGAGAAGGCGUAUGAAGGUGCAAAGGAGACAAUGAAUAAUGCUUAUAUGGGUGCCAAGGAUUCGAUGUCAAAGGACUCGAUGUCGAUUGCAUCAGUGAAGUACAAGGUAGGAGGAGUGUCGAGGAAGGUGGUAGAUGGACUUAACAAUGCAGCAGUUACUGCCGGAAAGGCUUUUGAAGGUGCAAAGGAGAGCAUGAGUGAUUCUUAUCAAGGUGCAAAGGAUUCGAUAAGGAUGGACAGUGCUGGAACAGUGAAGGACAAGGCAGGAGAAGUGGCAGGUAAGAUGCAAGAAGAAGCCAAGAAUGCAGCAAACACUGCAGGAAAGGCAUUUGAAGAUGCAAAAGUGACGGUGAGUAAUGCUUAUACCGGUGCAAAGGAUUCGAUGACGAUGGCCAAUGCGAAGGAAGGCUAUGAAACUGCAAAGGAUAAGGUAACAAAGAGUACAAAUGGAGAUUUGGGAGCUCUUAGGAGUGCAAAUCCAGAAGAGCUGUGAGAAUUUAUUGAGAUGAUGUAAGAAGUGAAGUAGCAUGAAGAGAUUUUCCAAAUUAUGUUUAUGAAAUCCUUCUCUACGUUUGAAAAAUUAAUGUUUGGUUUUGAGUUUGCAUGAAGAUGUGUGACUAUGUAUAGCUAGUUGCUCAUUGUCUGUAUUUGUUUCUAGACAGUUGUAACUUCACUUAGCUGCAAUGAAUAAAGCCAUGAAGAUGGCCUUCUUUUUGUUUAA